UUUAGAUGAGUAGUUUAAUAAGAUUGUGCCUAAACCUAUUAAUAAUCGUCCUCAAAAAAAUAAUCGGAAUAGAGUGGGAGUAUGAUACAUUAUCAGUUGUAAAACCAGGUCAGUCUAUUGCUUGUUUGCAGGAUUUGGGAAUGGCAAGAUGGUUAAUUCUGACUAUAAUCAGCCCAGAAUCAAUAAGAAUAAUAUGGCUAUUUGUUUUGAUUGCAUUGGGAUAAUGAAUGCUCCAAAGAUAAAACACCAGAUAGAAGUGCUCAGAUUAUCCAAAGAGCUUAUAGGAACUAUAAGAAGCAACCUGAAACUUUUGCAAAACGAGUUUAGGAGGCGGUUAGAAAUGAUAAUACUCUUAAGAAAAAGAAGUUUCUUAAUAUACCUAG